UUUACUAGUUUGGUUUUUAUUUUUUAGUUUUUGCUCUCUGUUUUGGUGUGAGGAGGAGAUAGAAAUAAAGAGAUGGACGUCAAAGGCGAAGCAGCGGCAGCCAUGGAGGUCGAAGGCGACGCAGUUAUCCCCGUGGAUAAAGAUGGACGUGGAAAUGGAGAAGUUUAUAACGAUAAUCCUAUUGAGGAAGUGAGGUUGACAGUUCCGAUCACCGAUGAUCCCUCGGAACCGGCCUUAACAUUCCGGACAUGGUUUCUGGGGUUAUUGUCAUGCUGCAUUCUCUCUUCUUUGAAUCAGUUCUUCAGCUACCGACAAAACGUUCUCAGUGUCUCCUCUGUUUCCGCACAAAUUAUUUCUCUCCCCCUCGGAAAGCUCAUGGCUGCUGUUCUUCCUACAACAAAACUCCGGUUCCCCUUUACAAAUUUCUCAUUUUCCCUUAAUCCAGGCCCUUUCACCAUGAAAGAACAUGCCUUGAUCACCAUCUUCGCCGAUUGUGGAGCAGGUGGUGUUUAUGCCAUCUAUAUUGUUGGAAUAGUGAAGGCUUUCUACCGCAGAAAGCUGCAUCCAAUCCCUGCCAUGUUGCUAGCCCAAACCACACAGUUGCUUGGGUAUGGAUGGGCUGGAUUGUUCCGAAAAUACUUGGUCGAGUCUCCUUACAUGUGGUGGCCAGGACUCUUGGUUCAAGUUUCUUUGUUCAGGGCAUUACAUGAGAAAGAACGUAGACCCAAAGGAGGACUUAGUAGGCUGCAAUUCUUCCUCAUAGUUUUCAUCUCAAGUUUUGCUUACUAUGUCAUUCCCGGUUUUCUCUUCCCCUCAAUAUCUGCCCUCUCCUUUGUGUGCUGGAUCUGGAAGGACUCAUUGACUGCACAGAUGGUUGGCUCAGGUCUCCGUGGCUUCGGAAUAGGCUCCUUUGGCCUUGACUGGUCUACAGUGGCAUACAUCGGCAGUCCACUUCCCAAUCCUUUAGUUACCAUUGUGAAUACCAUGGUUGGGUUUUUCCUGGUGUUUUACAUUCUUAUACCAAUUUUAUACUCGAGAAAUGCAUAUGAAUCCAGACGUUUUCCCUUGUUGUCAUCCCACACCUUUGAUCUCCAAGGUAACACUUACAACAUUAGCAGGAUCCUCAAGAGCAAAACUUUUGAGUUCGAUCAGGCUGAGUAUGAUAAUUACAGCAAACUCUAUAUGAGUAUCACAUUUGCCGUUGUAUAUGGAUUGCAAUUUGCGACUUUAGCGGCCAGCCUCUCUCAUGUUGCGCUCUACUAUGGAAAGACGACUUGGGACAUGUGGAAGAAAACAACAGCUGCAGCCAAAGAAAAGUGGAGCGAUGUGCAUGCUAGAAUAAUGAGAAACAACUACAAAGCUGUCCCUCAAUGGUGGUUUCUAGUUGUAUUGAUUUCGACAAUUGCUCUUGCCCUCUUUGCUUGUGAAGGUUUUGACAAGCAGCUCCAACUCCCAUGGUGGGGACUUCUACUGGCCUGCUCUCUCUCCCUCUUCUUCACCUUACCCGUUGGAAUAAUUCAAGCCACAACAAACAUGCAACCUGGGCUAAAUGUGAUUACAGAGUUGGUAAUUGGGUAUCUUUACCCAGGGAAGCCUCUUGCCAAUGUGACUUUCAAGACCUAUGGCUAUAUUAGUAUGGCCCAAGCCCUAUUUUUGAUCUCUGACUUCAAAUUGGGACAUUACAUGAAGAUUCCUCCCAGAUCCAUGUUCAUCGUUCAGUUGGUUGGAACCAUAGUUGCUUCCUCAACCUGCUUUGGCACUGCUUGGUAUCUUCUAUCAAAUGUGGAAAACAUAUGUCACCCAUCUUUGCUACCUGAAGGAAGUCCUUGGACAUGCCCCAACGAUGACGUUUUCUACAAUGCUUCAAUUAUCUGGGGGAUUAUAGGACCUCUAAGAAUGUUCACAAAAUACGGUAUCUAUCCAGAAUUGAACUGGUUCUUCCUCAUUGGAGCAAUCUCCCCUUUCCCAGUCUGGUGGCUAUCGCGCAAAUACCCCGAAAAGAAGUGGAUAAAUCUCAUCCACAUGCCACUCAUCAUGGCUGGUGCCUCUGGCUUGCCAUCAGCCAAAGCCGUGCACUACAUAAUGUGGGCAUCUGUUGGGAUUUUCUUCAACUGGUACAUCUACAAUAAGUACAAGGGAUGGUGGGCUAGAUAUACUUAUAUCUUAUCAGCUGCUCUGGAUGCUGGAGUUGCUUUCAUGGGUGUUACCCUUUUUUUUGCACUGCAAUCUUAUGAUAUCAAUGGUCCAGAUUGGUGGGGUUUGGAGGCUACCGACCAUUGUCCAUUGGCAUCCUGCCCCACUGCUCCUGGGAUUCGGGUUGAAGGCUGUCCUGUCCUUUGAGAUUUAAGUAUAAUAUAUUUAAGUUGUCUGUUCCUCAUGCACUCCAAAAUGCAUGCAUAUGCAUAUGUCAUAAGACUCUCUGUCCUUUUAGUUGUCUUGUUGAUAUAAUCAACAUCUCUUUCUUCU